UUACUGCAACGCGUUUCCCUGGUGGAAAACACAUGUUCAGAUAUAUUGCAAUCAGCCACCCAAUCUCGUAUGCACAGUAUGGUGCUAGAAGUGGGCGAGCGAUGGUCUCCAUAUCUGUUGUGUGGAGUGUAAGUGUUAUCGUUGGUCUGCCAAUUCUACUUGGUGUGAAUCCGAUGGAGGACA